AUAAUAAAUUUGUUUAAGAAAAAAAUACCAAAUUUUAUUUCAAAUGGAUACUGACGAGAAAAGCCUACAGAAACUGGAACCAAUUGCCAUAUUUGGCUUCGAUGGUGAGAUACCUGAGAUACUGAAGAGAAUUUAAGGGUAUUAUUUGGAUCAUUUGGGGUAUUCUUUUCCAGGAAAAAUGCCGGGUGGUUUGAAGGUUCAUCCUAACAGGAAGUUCAUGAUUUUUGCGAUUGGGAACAAGAUUUCUGUGACGAAUAUUCAUACAGAUGGUCAGGAAUUCCUUUCAGGACACACAAAUACUAUAUCAGCUUUCGAUGUGGCUCCUUCUGGGCAACUUCUGGCCUCUGGCCAAAUUAGUCAUAUGGGAUUUCGUUCCUAUGUAAUUCUCUGGGAUUGGGAAACGCGUAAGGAACGUGCUCGACAUGAUCUGCAUAGGGUUCGGGUUGAAAGUGUUAGGUUCACGGGCAGUGAGCGGUUCUUGGUGUCUCUGGGAGGUGCAGACUGUGGCAUGAUAAUAGUUUGGGAUGUUGAGAAGAACACAGCAAUUUGUGGUGCCUCAGCAGCGAGGGAGACAACUGGAGCAGCUCUUAGGCUUGAAGCUUUGAAAAUCAGGGGAGAUGCUUUUGUGUCAAUAGGUCAGAGGACUCUGAGGCUCUGGACGAUAGAUUCGGAAGCCAGGAGACUCAGAGCGGCUGAUGUGGCUGUGGGAAAGCUUAGAAGGGAUUACACAGCUGCUCGGGUGGAUAACAACGAUGAGACUCUUCUGGUGGGGACAAUGAGUGGAGACGUGGUCAAAGUAAAGUUGAAUCUACCGGACGAUCCUGAAAAAGUGGCUUCCCCAACUCUCUUGGGCUGCUAUGCCCGGCACCAUCCCCGAAAAUCCUCUGGACAGGAUUGCAGUCGCUACAGCAAUGGUGUCCGGGAAUUGUGGCUUCUCGAUAAUGGACAAAUCCUAAUAGGAGGUGGGGAUGGGACAGUAGAUCUCGUGCAGGAAAGGAAUGUCUCUUUCAGGAACUAUCAGAAUCCCACAUGGCCUCAGUACAAAUCUCUGAAAAAAACUAAAGUCAAUGGACCCAUUUCAUCCUUCCAACAACUAGAUCCUGAUACAAUCCUCAUAGGAACGGAGGCUUGUGAGGUUUAUUCACUAUCUCUGGCCACUUUUGAGGUGAAACUCCUUAAAACCUGUCACACAGGAGCUGUUUAUGAUAUUGCCUUCCCUCACAAUUUUUCAGGAGUUUUUGCAACUGCCAGCUUUGAAUCUCUACGUGUGUGGUCAGUUAAAAGGAUGCAGGAGCUCCUGAGGAUUAUGGUUCCCAAUUUUACAGCUUCUGGUGUGGUUUUUUCACGGGAUGGAAAAAGUCUUCUGUCUGCAUGGAAUGAUGGAGCAUUGAGAGCUUUCACUCCAUUAACUGGUCGCCUGGCAUUUGCCAUCCCAAGUGCCCACAAUAAAGGAUGCAGUGCCAUUGCAACAGCAGCUUCUGGAGGAUUGUUAGUGAGUGGUGGACUUGAGGGUCAGGUGCGUGUUUGGAAUGUUGCUCGCACUCCCACACUCCUGGGAGUCCUCAAAGAGCAUACAGCUGCUGUUACCAGUGUAGACUUUAAUCGCUUCGACACGGAAGUAGUGUCAGCUUCCAGAGAUGGAAGUUGCAUCAUCUGGGAUAUCAUAAACUUCUCUCGGAAGCAUGUUCUCCUGGCCAAUACACAAUUCUCCUGCGCCAGAUACCUUCCAAGUGGCAUUCAGAUCCUGGCCACUGGGAGUGACCGACGCAUAACUUACUGGGAAGUCUUCGAUGCGAGUCUCGUGCGUGAUGUCGAGGGUUCAGUUAAAGGUUCCAUCAAUAGUUUGUCUUUUGCGGGAGAUGGAGAUUUCUUUGCUUCUGCAGGAAGUGAUCAACUUGUACGAUUCUGGGACUACAAUCUGGGUCUCCCUUUGGCUCUUGGACGAGGUCAUGCCUCUGAAGUCCUUGUGGUCACCUGUAGUCCCUGUGGUGGUUUUAUAGUUUCAGGGAGUGCUGAUGGAGCUGUCUUUGUGUGGAGUGUUCCUGAAACUCUGAGAGUCCCAGCCACUCCGGCUGAAGUAUCUUCAGAAGUUGCUCGAACGAAGACUCGAGGGCGCCAGGAGGUACCCAAAGAGAAUGUGAGUCAGUUGAAUGGAAAGACUUCAGGGAAAAAGCUCCAAAUUUCAGAAUGUCCACCGAUUGAAGGAAGAAGUGGAUCUGGAAGCUCAAAGAGCAGCAAAAGCAGUAAAAGCUCCAAAACAGGAAAAAGUGCUAAAAGCUCAAAGAAAUGA